AUGGCAAGGCCGACUUCCAAAUCCCGCGCACCCAUGAGCCUUGAAGCUCUCCUAGAUGAAGAGAAUCGAGAAGUCAUAGCUGCUCUUGACCGCAAACGACCCACCAGUCCUAUGCCUAGAGGCGGAACCUCUGCUCGAACUGCAACCCCUCCUCCAGUUCGAAGCAUGCUUGAUGUUGACUCUCCCACCCACCGUUCUAGACAUGGGUCGUCUGUUGGCUCGGACGGUGGACUCGCUAGCCCUCCAUCUAGUGCUCGGCGGAAAUCAGUUCAGCUUGACCCUUCCGACCCUUCUACAUAUACCUCUGCACACUCGAGCAAGCCCAGCUCUCCCGUUCUGACCAAGAGUGUUCCAGUAACAACUCGACAACGAACCUCUUCCGAGCAUGAACGACCCACGGGGUUGCCAAAGGUUGAUGCGGACAACAAACGAGGAUUUGAACAGAAUUACCAAUUCGAUAUGUCAUCCAUUCCUUCAAGUGCUGGGACUGCAACACAUCCACAACCAGAGAUCAAACGGCCUCGGGAAGGCUCAGGCUCUGCCAUGGCCGCUGCCAUAUCAGGAGAUUUCGCGUCUCUGAAUCUACCGUCUUCCUCGAACCGAAGCCACAGUUCCUCCAAGACACUUUCUCAUUCUCGAUCCCCUGCUUCUCGGACACGCAAGCCAGAGCCCUCCAAGUCUGGUAGCCUUCUUAGCCCCUCAGCACCCAUUAAACCAUUGACUACCGAUUCUGGAACGGUCGUGGAUGACCAGGCUCACCGUAGAUUGUCUAACAAGUCCAAUAGCUUCUCUACUGUGGCAACUGAUGACUCGGAGGAGGGCCAAGGCCGCGUACCAGUUGAUGUGAACGGCCAAGAAGAAGCGUUGGUAGAAGACAGCGAUGAUGACGUCGGAUCACCUAGUAGUGAUGAGGAUGAGACUAGAGGUCGCCCAGGAAGACGCAAGACAUCAGACACUGGUCACCCAGAGAGCGGUCACCUUCCUGACCCGAGUGAGACAUCUUCUACCGAGAAUGAACGAAGACCGUCAGCAACCAAACAGUCUGUCAAGUCUCUCCUCGAGCCCUCAAUAUCUAUUACAAGCCCCACCGGCGAAAACCUUGCCGAAACACCAACCGACGUACAUCCCGAUACCAACUUUGUCAAUCCUGCCUCUGUGACUUCUGUCGAGGACGAAGAGGAGGACGAAGCGCAGGCUGCAAUUCGGAAAGCUAAAAGCCUGGCGCUUAACAUAUCUCCCUUGGAUUCGAGGGUUCAAGAUCGACAUGUGCGAAUAGUCCUGCGUGGCGAUUGGGUUCAUUUUAAUCAACAAUCAGAGGCAGGACAUCGAACGGCAAGAUUGUACCUCAUCUGUAGUGAUCUCAGUGUUGAGGCUACGUACGCUAUGGAGUGGGUAGUAGGAACCAUGCUACGAGAUGGUGAUACAAUGCUUGCCAUUUAUGCAAUUGAGGAUGAAAAUGCUGGAAAAACCAGUGAGGCAGAUCGGGAAAUACUUCAGGCCGAAGGUACUCAAGCUGGUAAGGACGCUUCUGAGGUCAUGGCCACUCUUACACGGCAGACCACCCAAGGUGGUGGUACUAGCGUUGGGUUGGACAGCAAGAAUAGGUACAUUCCUGCUACUGAAGCGGAGAGUCUGACAGGCUCCGUUGAUGCCCGGAAAACGUCAAAGCGAGAGAUGGAGAGGCUGCGCGCAAUCGAGGAAAUUACUGGAAAUUUCAUCAAGCUGGUCAGGAAAACAACGCUACAAGUGAGGUGUAUGAUUGAGGUCAUUCAUUGCAAAAGUCCGAAACACUUGAUUCUCGGAGCGAUUGACGAACUGGAGCCUACUUUGUGUGUUGUGGGAACACGAGGACGCAGUUCUCUGAAGGGAGUCUUGCUCGGAUCAUUCUCCAACUAUUUGGUGACCAAGUCUUCGGUGCCUGUGAUGGUAGCGAGAAGAAAACUGAAAAAACCCCGCUCUCAGAUCAAAGUCAGCAGUAAUAAGAUCAGACUGUCCAACAACCUAACAGCAUCAAACAUGCCGACCAAGCGCAAGGGCUUGACCCAAGCUCGCAUCGAUUGA